UCAUCUUCACAUUCGAAAACCAAUCUAUAAAAUCUCACACCUCUCCUUCCUCAUUUGCUUCAAAAACCAUUUCCCAAGAAGAAGAAAAGAUGGGUAGUGAUGAUAAACCAUUGUUGACUCUGCUCUCAUUUCUCCAUUCCUUGGCUGGUCCUGCAGUCAUGCUCUUGUACCCUUUAUAUGCAUCAGUAAGAGCCAUAGAGAGCACAUCAAAGGUUGAUGAUGAACAGUGGCUUGCUUAUUGGAUCUUUUACUCUUUCCUCACUCUCAUGGAGAUGGUCCUUGAACCCGUUCUCGUCUGGAUACCGAUAUGGUACGACAUAAAGCUAGCUUUUGUGGCGUGGUUGGUUCUACCACAGUUCAGAGGAGCUGCAUUUAUCUAUGAGAACCAUGUUAGAGAAGUGUUGAGGAAAUACGGUGGUAAUUUGUUGGUCAAAGAUCACACAUCGCCUGCAACCAAGGCCAAGAACAGAUUUGUUGAUGCCAUUACCCCCAACAAGGUAGAGGACUAGCUGCAGAAGGAGCACGAGGCGCAUUGAAUGUAGAAGAAAAGGAACGUUGUCGGGUGUUAAAUGAAGUUGAAAUUUAGCCCACUUACUGUAGAUUCUUGUUUUCAGUAGUUAGAUUUUGGUGUUGUAAUCAAGUGGUCCGAAGAAUGUAGACCCAUGAUUUUUUUUUUCUUUUGCUUUUUUGAAAAAGAACCGAAAGAAGUGUGCAACUAAGUAUCGACUUCUUUAAUCAUGUUUGGUUUCUUUAAUUUUACACUCAUGUUUCACGAUUAAAAAGAUUAAAAUCAAUAAUUCAAAAGGAUAUUUAGAUUUUGAUA